AUGGGUUGGCCUCCAGCUGUAGUUAUCGUUGUCCGACAUGGCGCACGUUUAGAUGCUGCAGACAAGCAAUGGCAUCUCACAUCUCCCACACCCUAUGAUCCCCCUCUCACCUAUGGCGGAUGGACCCAAUCGAGAGUCCUGGGCGCACGGAUUGCCAGCAUACUCCGGAGCAGAGAGACGGACGAUGAAGUCAUUUCUUCGGAUGUGCCGACCAGGAAGAGGAGGCACAAAGUCGUUAUCCACUCGAGCCCGUUCUUGAGAUGCGUACAGACGUCCGUCGCGAUCAGUGCGGGGCUGGCCCAGAAUCCUGGACACACCCACCGUCACCACAAACCUCCGUCUUCGCCAUCAGUAAAAGCUACGGCCAUGCAUUCGUCUCCUAGGAUUCGCCCGUCGGUGGUUAUCGGAUCUCCGUCUCUGGUACCGAUUCCAGAACCUGUAGGGUCGAAGCCUAAUGGAAGAUCAAGCGAGCAGCCGGAAAACAUCAAAAAGUCUACGGUGCGUGUGGAUGCGUUCCUUGGAGAAUGGCUGUCCCCGGAUUACUUCGAACAUAUCACCCCCCCUCCGAGCUCGGUCAUGAUGGUUGCGGGAGCCAAGGCGGACUUACUGAGGAGGGAAGAUUACAGCUCGCUAAGUCAUAUGAGAGAUCCAGCCAAGGCUCCAGUGGGAUUUCCAGGUGGUUGGGGAAGUCCUGUUGCAACUACGGGAGAGAAGAAGGAGGAUGAAGGUGCCCUGUCAACUCUGCCUUCUCUUGGCCAAUCGCUUCCGAGGAGGGACCGGACGAGUAGUCUAAGCAGCGUUGGAAGCAACGUGAGCCGCCAAAGCCAUAGAAGUGGUACUAGCCAUUCACCGGCUGCCGAGCAUGGGAUAUAUCAACCCCCGAUUCCAUCUUAUGCCAUCUCUUCAGCAGAUCCGAUUCCAGCUGGCUAUGUCGCCCACUCGAGAGACGCCUGUGUUGAUGUCGACUAUCAAUGGGACAGUAUGCGGGAGCCUCAGAACUGGGGAAAUGGGGGAGAGUAUGGUGAGGAGUGGAGUUCGAUGCACAAGAGAUUCCGAAAGGGGCUGGAUCACUUGGUUAGCUGGUACAGUGAAAGCGAUGACCCUGCAAAGCUUUUCACGAAAUCGCCCAACCGCCAAACUGUGACCAGCAGCGAGGACAACGUGGAAGAUGAAGAUACAGAUCUGGUGGUCAUUCUUGUUACCCAUGGUGCUGGAUGCAAUGCUUUGAUUGGAGCGUUGACAAAUCAACCAGUGCUACUAGACGUGGGAAUGGCUUCUCUUACAAUGGCUGUACGCAAACCAACUCCUCCGACCUCGCCUACUACAACUCCUAUGCAUUCUCGUUCAUCAUCUAGGACGGUCUUAAUUUCUGAUAAAUACGAUGUCAAACUUGUCGCAAACACUGAGCACUUACGAAGCUCGUCAACUACCCCUAGCUCACGCUCCCAAUCCGUGGCGGGUCUCCCAAUAUUCCGAGAAUCUAUCCGGGAACGUUACGCCAGCCCCAGUUCCCUCGACGGCUCCAGCUCCGUCAGAUCCCGCCCUGUGCCCCAAUCCAGUAACUUCGGCAGUAUUCGCCGCACAGCCAGCAUCGCCGGCUCCACCCCACGCAACUACACUACUCCCGUCCGACAAACUUCAAUCGGGCUUUGGAGCGCUCCCCGGCCAGAGGAAGACCACGUUGAAGAGGAGCCGGAGGAUGAUAUGAUCUUGAACUUUGGUGACAAUGCUACGGCAGCGGCUGAGAAGAAGGGAGAUGAGCAGAAGGAAGCCGAGGUUCCCAUAGAAAAUGAGAAAGUACAAGAAGCUGGCCAUGAGUACGAGGAGGACGACGUCGCCCCCCUCGGAGGCGGCCUUUGGGGCAGCCCCAGACCGCCUGGACUGGCCGAGAAGAUGCGCGAGAUUGCGCCGAAGAGACGGUGGACCGUCAAUGAGCGUAGUUGA